AUGAAGGGUGCUGCUGUAACUCUGCUGGUGUUGCUGGUCUGUCUGUCUGGGGUAUGGGCUCUGGGGGAUAGUGGAGGGAGGGUCAAAGGGAGUGAAAGUAUCAGCCCUGACAUCUGGACUGAGCUGAGAUCGCUGAGAAACAUGGUGGUGGAACAGACAGUGGUGCUGAGAAACAUGGAGGCCAAAUUGAGGGACAGUGAGAAACAGAUGGAGGAGAUGAAGAGAGACUUAUGUCAUCAUAGGACAUUGACGAAAACCAACUCAAACCAAAGGUGCUUAUCAUCCACAUAGUGUGCAUGUGUAUGACACAUCUACUGUAGUCAAGGAGUGACGUGAGAAAACAUACAACUUUCACAACAGUUGAAGAUGUUAAGAUAAUAUAUAGUAGAAUGGCCAGAAUUAGUGACUAAAUCAAUGGAUGCCUGAGGGGAAAAAAGUGGUCAAAAAUCAGGGAAAUUGCAUCGCGUUAGCUAGGCUGGAUUCUGUAGCUCAGCUGGUAGAGCACGGCGCUUGUAACGCCAAGGCAGUGGGUUCGAUCCCCGGGACCACCCAUACACAAAAAAAUGUUUAUGCACGCAUGACUGUAAGUCGCUUUGGAUAAAAGCGUCUGCUAAAUGGCAUAUUAUAUUUAUAUUAUAUUUAUUAUAUUAUUAUACUUUCCCGUUGAACUCGUCAUCUUUCUUCUCGAAUCCGCAGGACAUAAAACAAACAAUACAGAGGUAAGAAGGAUAUACAUUUUUAGACAUAACAUGUAGUAUUUUCAUAUUUUAGUAAACGCUUUCAUAUUAAAUUUGAAAUUCCUGUUCUUUUUAGAAGAUUUCGCACAAAAACAAGCGUAUCGCUGUGAAAUGUCAACGGAGCACUGAGCGUAUAGCAAGCGUUUUAUUUUCAAAGCCUUUUACAUUUAAUUCAGAUUGUGUCAUGCUAAUUUAUCUUUUUGUGACCCGCGGAAAUAACUUUGAAGACAACGACCACAAAAUGCAAAAUCCUCAAAAGGUUGUUACGAGAAACCUGCACCGCAAUCAACAGAGCUAGGAUAUAAUGUUAAUGAUAUGUUAGAGCAAGACCCCACUGAAUGAUUCAGAACAUGAAUAAUCAUAUUAUUCUACAGUGAGGGAAAAAAGUAUUUGAUCCCCUGCUGAUUUUGAACGUUUGCCCACUGACAAAGAAAUGACCAGUCUAUAAUUUGAAUGGUAGGUUUAUUUGAACAGUGAGAGACAGAAUAACAACAAUUAAAUCCAGAAAAACGCACGUCAAAAUUGUUAUAAAUUGAUUUGCAUUUUAAUGAGGGAAAUAAGUAUUUGACCCCUCUGCAAAACAUCAGAUUCCAAACUCUCCACCAUGGCCAAGACCAAAGAGCUCUCCAAGGAUAUCAGGGACAAGAUUGUAGACCUACACAAGGCUGGAAUGGGCUACAAGACCAUCGCCAAGCAGCUUGGUGAGAAGGUGACAACAGUUGGUGCGAUUAUUCGCAAAUGGAAGAAACACAAAAUAACUGUAAAUCUCCCUCAGCCUGGGGCUCCAUGCAAGAUCUCACCUCGUGGAGUUGCAAUGAUCAUGAGAACGGUGAGGAAUCAGCCCAGAACUACACGGGAGGAUCUUGUCAAUGAUCUCAAGGCAGCUGGGACCAUAGUCACAAAGAAAACAAUUGGUAACACACUAUGCCGUGAAGGACUGAAAUCCUGCAGCGCCCGCAAGGUCCCCCUGCUCAAGAAAGCAUAUAUACAGGCCCGUCUGAAGUUUGCCAAUGAACAUCUGAAUGAUUCAGAGGAGAACUGGGUAAAAGUGUUGUGGUCAGAUGAGACCAAAAUCGAGCUCUUUGGCAUCAACUCAACUCGCCGUGUUUGGAGGAGGAGGAAUGCUGCCUAUGACCCCAAGAACACCAUCCCCACCGUCAAACAUGGAGGUGGAAACAUUAUGCUUUGGGGGUGUUUUUAUGCUAAGGGUACAGGACAACUUCACCGCAUCAAAGGGACGAUGGACGGGGCCAUGUACCGUCAAAUCUUGGGUGAGAACCUCCUUCCCUCAGCCAGGGCAUUGAAAAUGGGUCGUGGAUGGGUAUUCCAGCAUGACAAUGACCCAAAACACACGGCCAAGGCAACAAAGGAGUGGGUCAAGUAGAAGCACAUUAAGGUCCUGGAGUGGCCUAGCCAGUCUCCAGACCUUAAUCCCAUAGAAAAUCUGUGGAGGGAGCUGAAGGUUUGAGUUGCCAAACGUCAGCCUCGAAACCUUAAUGACUUGGAGAAGAUCUGCAAAGAGGAGUGGGACAAAAUCCCUCCUGAGAUGUGUGCAAACCUGGUGGCCAACUACAAGAAACGUCUGACCUCUGUGAUUGCCAACAAGGGUUUUGCCACCAAGUACUAAGUCAUGUUUUGCAGAGGGGUCAAAUACUUAUUUCCCUCAUUAAAAUGCAAAUCAAUUUAUAACAAUUUUGACGUGCGUUUUUCUGGAUUUCUUUGUUGUUAUUCUGUCUCUCACUGUUCAAAUAAACCUACCAUUAAAAUUAUAGACUGAUCAUGUCUUUGUCAGUGGGCAAACGUACAAAAUCAGCAGGGGAUCAAAUACUUCUUUCCCUCACUGUAGGUAAAAUGUAUUUUAUAAACAUAAGGAAGUGAAACUUCAUCACCAAAGUGUUUUUUCACCCACAGUGAGUUUACGGUCAGUCCGAAAACAUUUUUUCUCCACACAAACAGCAGAGAUUAUUUUAUUGGAACUCUUGUUAAAGUUGAAAACAUGAACAAUGGAACAUUAGGCCUAUUUAACGUCAUUAAAGAGACCGACUUUGGGGUGAUAUUAUAGUAAGACUACUUUUGGGGUGAUGUUAUAGUGAAAGGAUCUGUGGUAACAGUCUAGGCAUUCAUACGCCAGAUAUUUGCUACAAACAUUGAAGGGUAGGGUAUAUUUCAGACUGCGACAUUGGGAUGUGGGAGGUCUUCCAAGUGCACUUUAGAGCCGAUUGGCCUAAUUGUUUCUCAAUGUUUAAUGUUUUCUUCCUUGGUAUUUUAGCCUUGGAGACCAGAAUGACAACCAUGAGAGCCAGGUGUGGAAUCUGAAGACCGAGAAUGCAGGUAAAACAGAUGUGAACUUAACACCAAUUUUACGAAAACAAUUGUAACUAUUGUUCAAUAAAUCCUGUUCAACAUGAUCCUGUUCUCUCCUGUGUCCGCUGCGCAGGCAGACACAAGGUGGCAUUCUACACCUCUUUGUCUAACUCGGGAGCAAUGUAUUUCGGACCCUUCAACACUGAAACCACAUUGGUCUACAAAACCGUCAUCACAAACACUGGCACAGCCUACAACCAAACUACAGGUAGCGUCUUCAGUGCUUACACACCAACCUACAUGUCCACAGCAGUGGAGGUUGUUGAGGGGAGGACGGCUCAUAAUAAUGGCUGGAAAGGAGCAAAUGGAAUGGCAUCAAAUAACAUGGACACCAUGUGUUUGAUGUAUUUGAUACCAUUCCACUCAAGCCAUUACCAUGAGUCCAUCCUCCCCAAUUAAGGUGCCACCAACCUCCUGUGGUCCACAGUGGCCAGCUACAGACACUGAGUCCAACAUCACUGGCUGGCUGCUCCAGUGUCUAUAAGAGAUAGACAUUGUUGAUCUCUCCCCAUUUUCCCCUCUGAAACAGGUAUCUUCACAGCACCAGUGAAAGGAGUCUACUACUUCAGAUUCACUGCCAUGGACCGCCGGGGCUCUGCUUUACUGGGUGUAAACUUGUACAAAGGUGUCGAGAAUGUGAUGCACAAUGGCAUCUACAAUCUUCACAGUGGCAACAACGAGCCCAUUUCCAACGCGGUGGUUCUCGAAUUGUACGUGGGGGACGUGGUGUACAUGCGUCUCCCUGCGGGCUAUGGACUCUAUGAUGAUUCCAGUCACUACACCACAUUCAGUGGCUUCCUGCUCUUCCCUAUGUGAAGGGAGUGCCAUGAACGCUGUAUGAUUUAGACUACGGCCAUAACCGACAGCUUCUCUGUAUACUGUCAUAACUUGUAACUCUAUACUGUCUAAUGACUGGCUAAUCAAGACACUGUACUUUGUUUUAUUUCUUCAGCAAAAAACAAAGAUCAUAUGAUAAGCGCAUAUUAAGUUUCUAAACCUAAUAAUAAAAAAUGCAAUCAGCAAUAAUUAUCUUUUCCUGUUAUGAAUUGUGAACAGAAUGGGCUCUGUAAUUCAGAGAAAUUCUAACAGAUCAAGAGCAUUUUGUUCUGGGUUCUGGAACUCAGAGCAGAAUUCUAGAAUCAGAUUGCAGGAGGGACAUGAGUGGUUGGGUGCUGAUAUCCUCUCACUCUAUCCGACCAUUCUCUCUCACACUAUCACUUACAGUUGUGUCAGAUAGGCCUAUUACACAAUACAGACUCUGCUAAACUCACAUCUACCCACACGCUCUCAUUCACACACACACACAGUGGUUAUGGUAUGUUAGUAGAAUCUCACCUAGAAGGAUCUUGUGCUCUUUCUCCUCAGAGUCCUCUGACGGGUCAUGCUCUCCCUCCUCCUCCUCUCCCACCAUGUCUUUCUGUGCGUUCUCCAGCUCCAUGCCAUUGACAAACUCUCCCUCCAGGGUGGCCACUGUCUCCUCUGUGCAGCCAGAUAGAGUCAGUUCUAGGUUGGGACCACUGCCCUCCCCUGUCCCGCUCUCCUUCCCCUCCUCAGUCUCCUCCUCCAGCUCCCCUCCCUCCUCUCCCUCGCUGGCCUGCUUCAGGUCCUGGCUGCUGUCAGCUGACUUCAGACUGGCUCGGUCCCGAGUGGAGUCGGCGUCUCCGAUAGAGACCUCGCUAGUGCUGCUCUUGUCGCUCAGUUUCCCCACGCUCAAAGACUCCUGGUCCUGCUCGUUGCCUCCUGCUGCUGAGUUCUGGCUCUGCAGUUUACCCCCAGCAGCUCCCCCUGUUCCAUUGUUGACGUAGAAGCCAUUCUGGAAAUCCUCCCCCUCUGAGAGGAACACCUGGUCGUUGAGGCUGAUACCUGAGGAGUAGUCCACCAGCCCUGGGUCUCCCCCCACCCCUACACCCCCAGCCCCUCCACUGCCUCCUCCUACCUUCCCACUCACAGAGCCUGAGGACGGCCUGCCUUCCUGGUAGUCCUCCUCCUCCUCUCCUAGGUCACAUGCCCCUCCCCUCAGGCCUUUGCUGGCCUCCCAUUGGGGCUCAGAUCCCGAGCUGCAGCUCUCAAAGCCAGAGAUGAUCUGGAGCACGUGUGGCAGGAGGCUGGACAGGAAGGCCUGCAGGCCCAGUCUGACGAUCAGCUGCAGAACAAAGCAGUCUGUGUAGAGGUAGAAGCGACCUCUGAGGCACCGCGGGUUCUCAUACACACUGACCAGGGGCUUCAGGAGAUACUUGGCUGCGUUUCUGGGCCCAAGUACCCUAGAGAUGGGCUCAAACAG